CACCCGUGUAACGUAGCAAAAAAGAAAUUGAAUGAUCGUGCUAGAGUUGUAGCUACUAGCCUGCGUCUGCGAUUUUCUAAUUUAUUCUCUACUGUUAGUUCAAAUUAUCCGUCAUGGUUGCUUUAAGUAAGACUAUAGGACUGCAACAUCACUUCUUUUACCUGUUCCGGUUGACAGAACUGUGAUGAUGCGAUAGUUUCUUGGCUCCGAUCGCCAGGCUCGUUUGCUAGCACCAAGUUGGUUAGCGUUAGCUCAGGCAAAGCUACACUAACGACGUUGCUAAGCUGCGUAGAAGGGCUGCAGGCGCCUGUUUGAACGCCAUUUAUAUUUUAUAUGUGGUUAAAACACUCCCGCUGGCUUCAGGUGAAGAUGCUUGUUGUUCCUCGCUACUGAAGACCGCUUCUGUGUCUGCUAACGCUAACUAGCCGGGACCGCUGUAAUACUGUUGUAAUUAAAUGCAGGCUUCAGUCAGAUCAUGGAAAAUGAAAAAACUCAGUUCUGCGGUAAUUGUAAACAUGACAUUCCGGAAGCAAAUUUCACUACCCACGAGAUCCACUGUCGGAGAAACAUCGCACUUUGUGAUGUGUGCCAGGAGCCGGUGCCACGCUCGGAUCUGCAGGAGCACAAUCAGCAGGAGCACAGCCAGAUUACAUGCAAGUGUGGCCUCAAGAUAAAUAAGAAUCAAAUUGAAGCUCACCAGAACUCUGACUGCUCUCAGAGACUGGUGGCAUGCCAGUACUGCGAACUGGAGGUUGCUUUCAGUCAGUCCAGAGAGCAUGAGGAUUACUGUGGCGCUCGCACCGAGCCCUGCCUGCAGUGCAAGUGCAAUGUCAUGUUGAGGGAAAAAGCCCUGCAUCCGAUGUUAUGUGGCAGUCCCACCCUGCUCCAAGAGAGGAACAACAGCUACUCCAAUCGCAGUCUGGCAGACCUGCAGCCUCCGGGGGCCUGGUUUGAAGGCCACUCCAUCCGAAACACCCUCAGAACCGAAGAGCGAGGCCCCAAGGAGAACAACCUUAGUGCAGCGAAACAUCAGGUCUUUCCCCGUGCUUUUGAGUCCACAUUUUACAAUGCUUCAAGACAAGGAAGCACAGACUGGAAGAAUAUUGCCCCAAGGAAUAUGACAUCCGCCCAAUUCGAAGAGAACGACAUCCUGAGUCGCAGCAGCGCGUGGCCACUUCAAGACGAGGAUUCAUCGGGCCUCGACUACAUGCUGGCCCUCAGCUUGCAGACGGACGGCGAGUCCUUGGCUGGUGGUGGAGAAGCCAGUCUCUGGAGUGACAUCUGGGACCACACAAAGAUGCCCAACAGCUCUGCUGGCUGUCAACUUCCCACAUCCAACAACAACUACAGCAACUUCCCCUCUCGCACAAGUGCCCUUCUGGAGCGUGAUCAGACAGACAUCAUGCUUCCCUGUGAGUUUUGUGAAGAGCUGUUUCCUGAAGAGGACCUUAUUUUGCAUCAGACCGGCUGCAGCCCCGCGUCUGCUUUUGCGUCCUUCAGCAAGCAACCGCCGUCCCCCCCUAAAGAGGUCAGGAACGCUACGGGGAUGAUGCGCAGCCUCCCAAAUACGCUGGCCUCGAACAUCCCCACCUUCCCUGGAUCCGUCUCACCGGCUUCCUACAGUCCACCAGCCAGCCCACUAGAGGGCGACGUGGUGAUUCCAUGCGAAUUCUGUGGGGUUGCGCUGGAGGAGGCUGUCGUCUUUCAUCAUCAGGACAAAUGUGACAUGCGCCCUCAGACCGCCUUUCCACUUAACAAUAUGACAAAAGCAUCUUUCAAAAAAACUCAAGCCAAGGACGCGUUUGGACAAACAUCUCCAGAUUUUCACAGGAGAAUAAAGCCCCAAGGUGACGUCUCAGAUGAAGAUCCUGGAUUGGCUGGAGAUGUCCCACCUGGACAAAACCAAAGGGAGUGGCAAAGAGGCUACAUUGGGCGGCCGAGUCAGAGAAAAACAUCCAACUGUGAGGUUUCAGCACAGAACAGAGCUCAGCAUGACAGAGAAACAGAAGGAGCGCUUUCAUCUUUCUUGGACUCUGACAAGCCAGGCGCAGACUAUCUAAAGGGACUUCAUUCAACAGAGAACAAAGAAGGGAGAGGAAACAGAAGGAAUGUGUUAACAAAGCUCCCUAAGAAGCAGAACGAAGAUCAGCAGGAAGAAUGAAUGCGGCAACAAAAAUGUUUAUUCGCUCUCUGCUUUUUGUUUCUGUCCAUGUUAAAAAAUCUGAAAUAUAUCUGAUAAGUGCCUGUGUCAGCAGCAACACCACUUUACAUUUAAUAACUGAGGUUGAUUUGGUUUUGCUAUGAAUAUUCUACAUUUGUCUCCGCUGAUACUAAAAUUGUUUUGAUUUGUUGCGAGCAUUUUUAUUCACCAUCCCUAAUUUGAUUCUUUCUUCAUGUUAACCUUAAUAGACUCUUCAAUUUGUGUGUUUUUAUACCAUUAAAUACACAUUAGUAAUUUAGCUAAUAUUUGAUGGAUUUCACCGUAUCCUUAGAUUUGUCUCGUUGCAAUUACUUUUUCAGCUGUCUCCUGUUUGGUCUCCAUUUACAUUACGUGAAAAAAAAAAAAGGUUUUAUAUCAAAGAAAUGCAAUUACAGUAUACUGUGUAAUUGUACUCAUGUGCCACAAAUGUCUGAACGAUGCAGCAAAUCAUUUGUUAAAAGAGAUGAUCAAUUAGGAGUCAAAUAUGGAAAUCGUACCAGAGAGGAACAAGUGAAUGGUUUUGGAAAUCUCCUGGUUUGGUGUUUGUUCAUGCAUGUGGAUGAUCAUUCUCUGUGUACCGUGACCAUGUCAAUGCUCUCAACUCUGUGACUCUCUUUAGGUGUUUUGUAACGUCAAUAAAUGUUCACGUCUACA